AGUCCGGCAGUGGCAGUUGCAGCGACCGCCUGUUGCUUAUUUCAGGAAGAAGAACCUGAAGUAUCACAACAUCCAGUUCACCGAGUCCGUCAGGUAGAGGGGGUCUGAGCCACCGACAAAACAGACUUAACAGAGAGCAUUUCUCUCCGGCAAAGGCAGCCGAGCGCACACAAAAUCUCAAGCAGGGUCUUACAUUCGCCAUGCCGUCUCUGGGGUGUCAGCAGGGUUUCAAACCCUUUUUCGAUCUCGACUCGACGGAGCACUCGGUGCGAACGGAACCGUCCAUUUCUCAAGAGCUGCUCAAUUAUUUGGUCAAAAACGUCGGGCAGCAGGUGAGUGACCUCCAGGGCAGGCCCGUUAUAAGAACGACUGCAGCCGCCGACUCGGAAACUGAGCCAAGGGGCGCUCCAGCCACUCCACCUGGCCCACAAUCCCACAUUUGCAGGAUUGACUCUCGCUUUCGUGAUGUUGGGAAUCGACAAAAUAGUUUUUUUGAAGGCCCGUUGGAAGAAGCCGUCUCUGAACAGGGUUUUACCAAAUUCAUUUCUACAACCGUGCCGUGGGACAUGUGCGCAAAUUUGUGCAGAGCCGUCGACCAGUUCUUUCAGCAAGAGUGUCAAAUUGCCGGAGUGCUUCACCUUGGAGCAGCAUGUCGAAUCUCGCCAAGAUCGACUCCAUUUGGCGCCAACCUGAUUUUCAGCUUCAGGUUUCCGUGUGAGGUGCCACCACACGUGACUAAUCGACUCAUGCAUUCUGUGACGGAGCACAUUCGAGCCAACACCGCGGGGGCACCGAUUCAGAACGCGGCGGAUUUUCCAACUUGCAGACCUGCUUUUCAUACCAGUAGCAACUUCUACUCGCCGCAAAAAAAUAGCGCCGUCUUCACACCUGACAUUCAAUUGUACAGUGAUGAAAUUUUGCUCAAGUCAUCUUUGUGAUAAUUAAAUUCUACUUCUGAGUAAAAAUCAUGUGAUUCAGGUGCAAUUACUCAUGAGAAUUAUUAAUGAGACGAGGAAAAAGCAGAAAAGCUGCCUUUUUCUAUUACAAAAGAGAUUUGCUUAUUGUUGAGUAUAAAAUAAAAAUGAAGACUUUUGAUAUAUUUUUAUAUUAGAUGAAUAAAAAAGUUGAUCAGCA